ACCAAGACCAGUUGGGGAGAGAGAGAGGGAGACCAUAUGUGAGGACAGGAAGACGCAGGAAGAGUCUGUUAAGGCUCGUGUGAUCGAUCAUCUACUCCAUUCUUCCACCCCCAACCAAAUCACACCAACCCAAUUCUCUGAAUUAAAUUCACACUUGCCCCUUCUCUUCUAACUUCAACAUUCCCUCUCUGCUUCUUGAAAGAAAGAGAGAGGGAGGAACUGAAAGCAAGCAAGCAAGAACCAACAAUGGCAGCAGUCACCAGCUUCUCCAACUUCUCCACUACCCAAACUCUCUUUCUCUCUUCACCAAACAACCCUCAGCAUUUCUCUAUAUCCCCAAAAAGCCUCUCUCUCACUCUCAUUUCCCGCAGUAAAGUCACCACAACUCCCUCCGUCUCAUUCACCACCCCCCGCCUCACCCGCUUCUCCUUCAUCGCCAGCUCAUCCGCCGCAUACGGCGGUGACCCCCCUCCUGGCGGCGGGGUAGGCGGCGGAGGUAACAACAAUAACAAUCAGGACAACGGUGGCGGUGAUGACGGCGGUGAGGACCGGGAGCGGAACAAGGUGGAGGCCGUGGCGGCGAUAGCGGAGGCGGGGCGGUCGUCGGAGAGCCUGCCCAAGGACUUGGUGGCGGCAAUAGAGGCGGGCCGUGUGCCGGGGUCUAUUGUGAGAAGGUUCUUUGAGCUGGAGAAGUCAGCGGUGUUCAGGUGGCUGCUUGGGUUUGAUGGGUUUAAGGAGCGGUUGCUUGCGGAUGACUUGUUCUUGACUAAGGUUGCUAUAGAGUGUGGUGUUGGAAUAUUCACCAAGACUGCUGCAGAGUUGGAGCGGCGCCGCGAAAAUUUUACCAAAGAGCUGGAUUUUGUUUUUGCGGAUGUGGUGAUGGCCAUUAUAGCCGAUUUUAUGCUUGUUUGGCUUCCUGCUCCUACUGUUUCACUUCGACCUCCUCUUACUGUCAGUGCGGGGCGUCUUGCUAAGUUCUUCUAUGGGUGUCCUGAUAAUGCUUUUCAGGUAGCUUUGGCUGGAACAUCUUACUCACUCUUACAGAGAAUAGGUGCAAUAGUGAGAAAUGGAGCUAAACUAUUUGCAGUCGGGACUGGUGCAUCUCUGGUUGGUACGGGUGUAACAAAUGCAUUGAUUAAUGCACGAAAAGCUAUCGAUAAAUCUUUUGCUGGUGAAGCAGAGGAUGUUCCCAUAUUAUCAACUAGUGUAGCCUAUGGAGUUUAUAUGGCAGUUUCUAGCAAUCUAAGGUACCAAGUUCUCGCUGGAGUAAUCGAACAACGAAUUCUAGAACCCUUGCUACACCAACACAAGAUUAUACUGAGUGCAAUUUGCUUUGCUGUUCGAACAGGCAACACAUUCUUGGGGUCCUUGAUGUGGGUUGAUUAUGCACGGUGGGUUGGAAUUCAAAAGAUACGAGAUUAGAGCAUAGGAUAGAUUACAUGAUUGUUGUAAGUAAUUUUAUUUUUGUGUGGAUAUUGAUUUUGUUUAUGGAAUUACAGUGUGGUAACCUUUCGAUAAAAAUGCAAGAGAUGGGCAUUUAGAAAA